CAUGACGAGAAUAUAAAAGGGAAAGCCUCUUGUAAUUUGCAAUAAUCGGUUGGUUUCUUGAGGGGAAAUAGCCGGGGAAGAUGAGGGUUCUGGCGGUGCUGUGGACACUAUGUCUAGCGAGGUUUUGUAGCGCAAGAUUCUAUACCGGACGACUAAAUUCAGGAGGCAAUACGCCCAUUUACCUGAUUACACCCUUUAUUUUGGACCUUGCCGUUCCAAAUGAGGAUCUUGUGGACGUUUCCGCGAGGGACAUGGGCGAGGUUGUGUACAGGAGAUACUCUCCGAGGGAAGGCGGCCGCAUAGAUGCCAUCGUGGACUCUGACAUGGCCGUUUGGAGCACUGGAGCAGACGAAGAAUGCGCAUUUGUCAAGUCUUAUGGCGACGGACAACACACCCUCCUGACCAUUUGCGUCCAUGAUGGCAUAAAUGGCUAUUCCUUCAGGUACUUUGUCAAGAAUGAAAAGUGGGUGCCAGUCUCAAAGAAGGAAUUCGCCGCCAGUUUGGGUGAAAUGCUGGACAAGUGUAGCAGCUACGAGAUUCCCAAGGAGCUCCUUGGGUACUGACUAUUUGGUCUAGCGGAGUACUAUCAUGGAUGAAUACUGAGGACCCCUAGCAGAUCAUGUACUUUGACACUGCCAUGCUGCUAGAGGUCAGUCAACAUGCAUUGGUCCCUGCCUCGGUACCUAUUGGAAUGAACUCUAGAGGGACCGUUGAGCGCACUAGGGGCAAUGGGCGACUACCACAAGGGCAUUCAUGCGGACGAAAAUGGGCCGCUCUUGCCACUCCAGUAGAACCGCUGGGCUCGACCUCCAGGCUUCUCACGUCCGUGUCUGCAUGUACACUCAAUGCAAAUGAGCAGAGACAAAAGAAAUGCCCACAGACAGCCGACUGUCUUGGUGAGAGAGCAGCACAAGAGUCGAGAAAAUUCGACUUGACGUGGCACUUUUCCUCUCGUAAUUUUUACAAAAUCUCC